GAGCAAGGCAGCUUCCGCUCAAAUGUUCUCCUGUCUUCUUCACGGCAUUUGCUUUGGGCCGAAGACAACCAGAGAAUAGCAGAGAUAGGCUCGUUUCCUACGUGGCAUUAUUUUAAGUCUCUUCCUCCUUAGCCCUCACGUCAUUAUAGCCAACGUCGCCAUCCCCGCUUAUUCGGCUUCCCACACUAAACGCUUUUCCCGCGAUUGACUUUUAGCUCACACUUUCCCGGAACGCCCCCAAUAAUAAUUAAUAAGCGAGAAUUAUUUCCCGAACUACCAAAACAGCCCUCCUCCUUACUCAAAUAUUACAUCCUUUACUUUCGUUUCACCCGAUGGAAAAGCAAUGAAAUUGUUGGGUCAUUCUGGACUUUUCGACUCACGAUGACAUAGACGGCACAUAUAAAGAGACCGCGCCAUUCACUUGAUUCUUUGAUUCCACCCGUUGCGUUGAGAACUUGUCAUAGUUCAAUUUCCAGAACAACGUGGAAUCCGUGGCCUCAAGACAAAGAACCAGAGGAAAAUGGCUGAAUCAGUUACGGUAAGGGUUCCACGGAGUUCAUCUCUAUCUUCUUCGCUGAUUAAGAAGGCAAAUUCUGUGGUUCCAUGCAGCCACCUCUCCGAUUCUUGUUGUGCCCGGUUGAUGACCCACAACAACAACAGUUUCAAGCGCAGUGCUGCCCCUAACCGCUUCAUGUUCUACCGUGGAGGGUCCUGGGUUGAUUUUCAGAGCCAAGUGCUGGAGUCUUUGCGAUCUGGGUUCCUGGAGGGCAAGCCUUUACUGGAGGUGAUCAUUGGAGGGUCCAAGUAUGUAUUUGACUUUCUGCGGAUGGUGCAGAUUGAUUUUGGAUCCGGGAGUCAGAGAUCGAUUGCCUGGAUCGAUGAAAACGGUAAACCGUUCUUUCCCCAUAUCUUUGUCGACGAGGAUUUUAUGGAUGGAUUGGAGAAUCCAGGAAUUCCCAAAAUUAAUGUUGAAAUUCGGGUUGGUGGGAUUUUGGGCAAGAGAAAGUGCGACCACUUAGAUUUAGGUGUUGAUGGCACAAACAAUGAGGUGAGUUCACCGGUCAAGAAUAACAAGCAAGAUGAUGAAAAUCAAGUAGCUAGUUCCAAGCGGCAGAGGCUGACCUCUUUGGGUUUGGAAACUUCUAAAUGGCCCAAUACGAAGUUGCUUAGUGAGAAAGAAAGCGCAUAUUUAUUUGUGAGUUUUUUAUUUCUCUCCGAGAUGUCCAAAGCUUUUCGUGGAGUUACUAUUUCUGCCAUUCAUCAAUUGGAUUUCUCGAGGUUGCUUGAGAGAGAUCGUCUCGAAGUUUUUGAGAGACAAAGUAAAAAUAAAGAAGCUACUCGAGGUGUCUCAAAUGCAGUUUAUGCUUGGUAUGCCGCAUCAGCAGAAGCUGUGGCGGGCAUUUUAGCUCAUGGGUUUGCAUUGCCUGGCAAAACUUCUGGGUAUCCUGCUUAUGGAGUUGGUGUACAUUUGUCUCCUUUAGGCUUACCUCAACUAAGUGCAAUGCAGGCAGAGGUAGAUAAUAACGGUGAUAAGCACAUUGUUCUUUGCCGUGUUAUCUUGGGAAACAUUGAAAAAGUGGCGGCUGGUUCUCAACAGUGCCGCCCUUCCAGUGUGGAGUACGAUACUGGAGCUGACGAUCCUGUAAACCCUAAGUGGUAUGUAGUGUGGAGCAGUAAUAUGAACAGCCAUAUACUCCCAGAGUAUGUCAUCAGCUUCAGAUCCUCUGCUCAUUUGCCAGGUCAUUCGGGAGCAAAGAGUACACUUGUAGAUUUACUGAGGAAGAUGAAUGGUCGUAUUCCUGCCCUCAAACUCAAGGAAAUUAUUGCUCUAUAUCAUUCUGCAUUGGCUGGAAAGGUGGCCAAAGAAAUUUUCUUAGGGCAGUUUCGGGCCAUUGCUGGUGACGAAUUGCUUAUCUCCAUAUUUCAUGAGAUGCAAUGUUCAAGAUGAGGUUCUUCUGAGAUUUUGAUUCUUUUAGAAGCACUUUAGAUUGUAGAAUGAAUGGAGUCCAUAUAAUGGUUAGAUCGCAUAUGUUAUCUUACUUUUAGGAUAUGUCAAGAAAAAAAAAAAGGUUAAUCAUGAUGUUAGCUUGCUAGUGAGAGUAGAGGAAAAGAAAAUCAAUCAAUUAAAGAAUAAGGACACACAGAAUAUUUAUUUUAAUAUUGCUUUCUUGCAAAUAUGUAGCAAUUAGCAGUUAUGUUGUAAGUUCCGUGGGAACUGAAAGGUGUUGAUCUUUUAGCCUUGCUUAUUUUGAUUUAGUAUUGCCUUCAAAUGUUUCCCUUAUCACUUGGCAAACUUCGUGAGGAAUUUCAUACCCUUGACAAUGCAGUUGGGUUAGUUUACUUGGGUCAAUGUCUUCUCCUGUGAAUAGUUCUGUGGGGGAUUCAGAUUCAUUGAAAGAAAAUUGCUGAUAGUAACCAAUAAAGGAUAAUAAAUCUAAGGUUAAAUGGCAAUUUGGAUACUAAACUAUAGGCUUAGAGGCGAUUUGAAUCUUGAACUCAUAUUUUAUACAUUUUGAAUCUUGAAAAAUUAAACAUGUAAUAAUAAUUUAGCCCUUGCUAUUAUUGUCAAAUAAAUGUCUGUUAACUAUGGGCCAUUUAAUUUUUCUCUCUCUCUCCUCUCUUGGAUCCGCCAUCACUUUCCAACUGUAUGUGUGAAUGCAUGUUUUAAUUAGAAGUAUCGUGAGUCAUGAAAUGUGAAGCUGUGGCCUUCAAAUUUGAAGGGGUCAAAUGGAAACUCAUAAACAACAGCAGGAGUGCUUGCAAGAGAGACGAUGUCCUUAACGUCAGAGGCAAAAGCAGGAAAACUCAAGUGCCCUCCAAAGCUGUGGAGCCCUAUCGGGGACAUCGAAAGGUAGGCCAUUACAGAUGUGGCAGGGGACAUGUAGGACUAGGGAGGAGAACUAAAGGUUUCAAUAGCAUUAUUUUCGAUCGUGGGACACAUGGACUCUGGGUUGUCGGGUUUCAUACUGGAGGUUGAAGGCAUGGGAACAAAGCAAAAGAGGUUUGGUUAGAGGCAUGCAAAAUCUCGGUGAGCACCUUGAGGCCUGCACGCAGGUUCACAAGCUGCUCUUGAGGUAGAGGAGUGGCGGUGAAAGCAAGCUUGCAGAUUUGUGUUCCCCCUGUAAUUCACUUUCGUGGUUGUGGGGUCUUUGUUGGAUCCUACACUUGCUUGGUGGCCAAGCACCCUUGUGUAUGCCUAUGGGUGCAUCUAUGGUAUCCUCUGCAUGCAUACUUGAUGAUAUUUGAUGGGUGAGAGGGAGGCAUAGGGAGACAUACUUGGUAGGGGAGGCAUGCUAGUGUUGGAGGUGGAGAUCCUUGUGGGAGGCUUCAUUGGGAGGGCUUGAAGGUGAUGUGCUCAAAAAGAAGGCAAAAGGGAAUGCCAUGGAAUGAUGGCGAAAGGUCAGCCAUGGUGGAUACAAGAGGGGGAGAGAGAGAGGAGGGAGCAGACAGGGAGAGAUAAAAAAUUAUUAAAGGGCCCAUAGUUAAUGGAUGUUCAUUUGAAAUUAAUGUCAGGGGUUAAAUUGCUAUAGGUUUAAUUGUUCAAGGUUCAAAAUAUAUCAAAUACAAGUUAAGGAUUUAAAUUACCCUUGGACUUAUAGUUUAGGGUCCAAAUUGCCAUUAACCUAUAAAUCUAAAUGAGGGGAAGACCGAAAGCGGUUUUAUGUACUCAUUGUCUAAGCACUCAUUUGGCUAUACAAUCAGGUAAAGAUUACUUGAGCAACAUCUACUCUCCUCUAAACAGUUAUAUGGGAGCUUAAGGCUCACUAAAUGAUAAUUGCUUCUAAUAGCUAAUAAAAAGAGGACAAAUAUAAAUUGUUAGAUAGAGGCAAAGUUAUGAACAUUUUGGUCAUUAUCUAUAUAUGUGGUAAUAUUGAUCCGAAGUGCAAAUAAAUGUAAAUGAAUAAUUUGUAGGCUAUUUUCGCUACUACUUUGUAAUUGUAAUGUAGAAUGUCAAUUGAUUGGACACAUCACAACAGCAAUGAUAAGCCCUAUCCUACUAAAUAAGGUUGGCUACAUGCAUCACAUAACACUAUUGUGUUCUAUCAACAACUAACGAUUCCAAUAUAUCAUUCACCAAUAGAUCCCAUUCGACAGCUUUCUUUACUGUCCUUCUUGCCUCUCUUUACGUCUCUUCAUAGGCUGAAAGGUCACUUGCUCAACCCUCCUCAUUGGUGCUUUUAUUGGCUUUGUUGUAUAUGUUUGAAUCACUUUAAAUGAUUUUCUACCAUUUUUUCCUUAAUAUAUAUCACGCCAAUUUCUGCUCAUAUGUAAUCACAAAUACUAUCUUUUCUUAUAUAUCCAUGCAUCCAUCUAAAUAUCCUUAUCUCUACUAUCCCAACUCUUUGCAUUUGUCCUUCCAAGGUCCAUCAUUUACUACCCAUAUAACAUUGUUGAUCUUAUAGUAGUAUGACAAUACUUUCUUUUAAGCUUUGGAACACUGCAUGCAUGAUUUUAUAUUGCUAUGUUUGGGCUGACAAUGCGUUGGUGAUAGAAGUUACAUUUUGGGAAGUAAAGGGAUUGAAGAUUUGGAGGAUGCAUGUUUUUGCUACUAUAGUUUUUUGCCCCUCAAAAUUUCAUAGAUCAUAAAUUCAUAACCACUUAAGGUCUUCCUGAAUAGACUGCUGAAGAAAGAAAUAUAACAAGUCUUAACAACUGAUGUCAUAGUAGAACAGCAAUGACUUUUUUAGAGAAAAACCAUUAGCAUAUCCAAAAUAUACUUAUUGAUAAGCAUGGGAGUGAACUUAAGGUACUGGGACGAGUUUAUUUUGUAAAUAGGCACCUGAGUAUUCUAAGUUAAAACAUCCAUCACAUGUCAUGAGAAAUGUGUUUAAAAUACUCAUCACAUGUCAUGAGAAAUGUGUUUAAAAUCAAACAUGGUUUCUUUUUUCUCGAUUUUUUUGACUUAACAUAUUCUGUACUUGUGCACCAGUGUUUAGGGGUAACAUCAAAGGGAUGACCAAAUUCUUGCAUGCCACUAAAUGGUGGUAAUAAUUUUUGUAUCCCCCUGCCCAUCUUUUCUCAUCGCAUAUGACUUGCAAGAAGUUGAUGCACUUGAAAUUAUGAGUGGAUAACCAUUUACAUGAAUAUUAAAUUCUCACGAUGGUGUAUCCUAUUGUAAACACUAUUCUUUCCUGUGUGGGGCGUGCAUGAUCUCUCUUUUCGCCCUUUUUUUGUCCCACAUCAUCAGUGAGGCACUGGCCGGAUCAGAUCUCAAGAAUUGUAAGUCCUGUUCUUCUUCUUCUUUUUUAAAUAAACUUCUGCUCCGCUCUUUUUACCAAAUGCAAGAUGGCUUGUUGGAUCCAUGCGAUCAUGUUUGAUCUCAAGCUGUUUCUACUUAUAUCUUAAAUAUUAUGCAUGCUGAAUUUGGUGGUUGGCAGGGAAUCAUGAAGUUGUAACUUUUUUCCCCAUUGCCAAGCACAGUUUUAUACAUUUUUUUUGAAGAGCUAAGUUUGUGUUAAAAAAAAUUCAAGGAAUGUAUCCAAGGGGAAAACAGCCUUACAGGAUUUGAACAUAUUGAGCAACUCGUUUUUAGAUGACUUUGACCUUGAAGGUAGAUGCAUUUGAUGGAUUGAUUUUUCCAUGGUUUGAUGAAUAUGGCUCUGCAUGAGUAGUGUAUAGAUGAUUUCUUUGAAUUUCCCUGGAUAUAUGAUGUAAUUUUUAUUUUUUUUUUGGUUGGGUGCUGCUCAAGGGAUGCAAAUUUUGCUCCGCAAAAUGGCUCGAGUUUUUUUGUAGGAGAUUGCUGGUUGCAAGGUGGGAAAUCAUGCCUCUUUACUGUAAGAUGCGCUUGAAUGGGGUAUUUAUAUGUCUCAAGUGAUAAUUUUAUCGCUAAACUCCUGCUUAAUCAGAGCACUACUUGAAAUUUGGGGGAUGACUUAGAUGAAUCAAUUUCUUUUUUCCUCAGGCUCUUGAGUAAACUGUGUUUCUAGGAUUUUCUCAGGCUGAUCGCUGUAUUCAUCAUGUUAUACUUCAAAUAUAACUUAUUUUGUUUCUUCCUGAUGCACUAUGACGGUGCUUACUAGUCACUGGUAUAGUGGCGAGGCAUUUGUGUUACCUGGUGCAAGAAAUCAUCGCACUGGUAUAGUGGCGAGGCAUUUGUGUUACCUGGUGCAAGAAAUCAUCGGCUUUUAGACCUUCGCGCUGUAUUUGUAUGGAAGAAAGAAUACAUGCAUGCUAUUUGAUGACGUUGUUGCUGUAUCUGUGCCAUCAUCUGUUGCAGCAGGUUCUUCGAAAUCUACCAUAUAUGGGUAUCAGGAGUGGCCUUGUGCUUGCAGAUUUUUAUUGGAAGGGUGCAAAGUUUCUGUCAUCAGGGACUCUUCAGGUGAUCCAAAACUAAAGGGCAAUCCUUAUGUGAGAAAUCAUGCGUCGAGUUUAUCGUCAACCAGUGGGUCAGACAUGCAAAGUUAUUAACAACCGUAGUCGUCAGCUUUAUUUGACUCAGAAAUCCGGACUAGCCCGCGAAGAAAUCCCCAAAUGUAGUUCUGAAUUUGUGGAAGAAUUAUCUUUAUUUUUAAUUUUUAAUUUUUUGUGGUUAAGGGAAUUUUCCCACUUAAUGGAAUAAAAGCUUGUUGUUGUUGUUGUUGUUGUUUCCUCAGUGAGUUUCAGACUGGGCUGAGUCAAGUGAUCUGCACAAACAUCAGUUGCAUUGGCCUAAGGUAAAUGUGCUCCCCCCACAAAAUCAAAAAUUGUGUGCAAAUGAGCAAGGACUAUUCAAAAUUUAAA